AAUGUCGCAUUCAACAACAAACAUUCGAACACUUAACAUUAUAAAUGACAGCUAAAACUUUUCUCUUAAUUUCAUUCUUUAUCAUGACAAUUCAUGGCACCAUAAAUUGCCCAGAAGGACAAUAUAAAGAUAAUUUUCUCGAUGAUUGUCUGGAUUGCCCGAAAGACGCCUCUACUUGCUCAAAAGAAGGUGAAAACGCUGAAGCUUGUGUCUUGAAUUGUAUCGACCGUUCAGGUGACAGCAACAAUAUUUGGAUAUUUAUCUUGGGAGUAUCGUUGGCGGUGUUGGCAGCUGUUGUAUUGGCUUGUAUAAUCUAUUACAAAUGUAAACACUCAAAUAGGCGUACUGAUACUACUGCGCUGGGUAAUAGUGCCGCAGGGGAAAAUCCUUUGUUACCUGUUAACAGACAUGACGAGGAAUCUCAAGAACAUAUUGAUACACCUGAGCCGUCGAUGAUUUCAGCCGAGGGGGGAAGCCCAAGUCCUUUCCCAAAAAUUUCUGUAGAAAAUGACGAGGAAUCUGAAGAUACAAUCCCUGAAGAAAAUAAUUCGUCGACUGCUGUAGAAUUUAAUGACGAAUCUGAACAAAGUCGUGCGGUUCAAAGUAAUGAUUUUGUCCUUGAUAGUAAUAAUGCAGCACAAUCUUUGGACAUUCAUAAAGACAACAUACAAGAAAGUAAUGAAAUGGCUUCUUUACAACAACAUAUGUAGUAAGAAUUUUGCCUAAUGAAAAAGACCUUUUUUGAAUGUUAUUUUGCGAAUGUGGUUUAGUUUUCAAAAUUUGUAACGAGUAUGUUUGUGCUGUUGAAUACAUCGCAGAACUUUUUUCAA